CUCCGGAAGUGUUGACUUUGGGCUCCCAGAACCUAGCAGCAACGUGCCACACACACUUCCUAAGUCAAGUCUAAACGGUUAUGUCAUGACUGUCAUAAUUGAAAUAGUGGCAUGACAGUUUUGCCUUAGUGUGUCUUCUAAACGAUCAAGAAUGGACGACAGGGUCAGAAAGCCCAAACCCAACCCAUUGGCAACGGCUGGUCUUGUCUCCAAGAUUUUCUUCUGGUGGCUGAACCCUCUAUUUACGACCGGCUACAAGAGAACACUACAGGAAGAUGACAUGUACAAUGUCCUGUAUGACGACAGCUCACAGAUACAAACAGAAUGCCUACAAAGGGAAUGGAAGAAGGAACUGGACAAGGAAAAAGAAUCUCCCAACCGGCCGCCCAGCCUGAGACGUGCCCUGUUCAGGGUCUUUGGUGCCAAGUAUCUAACAUUUGGACUUUGUGUCCUGUUGGAUGUUGCAAUAACGGCAACUCAGCCCAUCGUGCUCGGCUGGCUGAUAGACUACUUCUCCCCCGAGAGUACCGUGACCACAACACAAGCCUACCUGUACGCCUUGGUCAUCAGUGUCUGUGCGCUGGCCGUUCCUUUGAUCAAGCAUCCUUAUAUGUUUGCCCUGAUGGCACUUGGAUGGAAGAUGAGGGUAGCCUGUUGCGGGCUCAUCUAUAGAAAGACUUUGAAGCUGAACCAGGCUGCCUUAGGGAAGAGCAACACGGGACAGAUUGUCAACCUCAUGUCUAAUGAUGUUAAAAGGUUUGAUCAGGGCUUCCUGUUCUUUCACUACUUGUGGAUUGGGCCAUUAGAGAUCCUGAUUGUGACCAUCCUCCUGUGGAGAGACUUGGGGCCUUCUUGUCUGGCCGGGUUGGGCUAUCUGUUGGUCCACCUGGCUCUGUCAAGUGUCGUUGGAAAAGUCAUUGCUAAAUACAGGAGCCAGAUAGCACAGAAAACAGACGACCGCAUCAGGACCAUGAGCGAGAUCAUCUCUGCCAUGAGGGUCAUCAAGAUGUACACUUGGGAGAAACCAUUCAGUGAAAUAGUGGCCAACCUUAGAAAGCUUGAGAUCCGAGUAAUUACCAAAGCAGCGAUGUGCAAUGGAUUGAACAUGACCUUUUCGUCCGUCUCUAUACGUAUGAUCGUCUUCUUUACUUUCGUCACGUUUACUUUGACGGGAAACCAACUCACCGCCGGAGUCAUCUUCAGGUCUAUCGGCCUGUACAACAUCCUGCAGCUGGCUGUCAUGACGUUCAUCCCGUUUGCUAUCACAAAUGUGUCAGAGUCUCUAGUCUCCAUGAAGAGAAUACAGAAAUUCCUGUUACUGGAGGACGUCGAUUGUCCAGAGACGACCACUAAUAGGAAGAGCAGUAUCUCGGUCACAUGUCCCCAGGAUGCCGGCUGUAGCAUACUGUUGAACAAGGUCACGGCUAAGUGGGAAGGGGACAGUGACCAAUUGACACUGAAGAACAUCAACCUGAAGCUUGGACCAGGUCAACUUUUGGCAGUUAUUGGGCCUGUGGGGUCAGGAAAGUCCUCAUUAUUGAGUGCAAUGCUUCAAGAGAUGCCAGCGUUGUCGGGGCAAGUCACUGUGCGAGGGAAAAUCGGCUAUGCGUCUCAGCAGCCCUGGGUGUUCUCUGGUACUGUACGGCAGAAUAUCCUCUUUGGACGCCCUUAUGAUGAACACGCCUACGAGAAAACUAUCCAAAUAUGUGCAUUGGUGAAGGACCUGAAACUCCUGCCCCAUGGUGACAUGACACUGGUUGGAGACAAAGGUGUGACAUUGAGUGGUGGGCAGAAGGCAAGAAUCAACCUGGCCAGAGCUGUUUACCAUGAUGCUGAUGUAUACUUGCUGGACGACCCCCUGAGUGCUGUUGACACACAUGUGGGGAGGCACCUGUUUGAUAGGUGCAUCCAGGGUGCUUUGAGGAACAAGCCUCGUAUCCUGGUGACGCAUCAGCUGCAAUAUCUACAGGAGGCUGAUCAAAUAAUGAUGCUGUUGGAGGGAGAACAGGUAGCUACUGGCACGUACAGUGAACUUUUGCGAUCUGGUAUUGACUUUGCCAAGAUGCUGGGAACUGAGAAAGACAAGGAAGAGGACGGAGAAAAGAUGGACAUUCCAAAUGACAGGGGUUCAUCCUCCGGACAACGUCUUUCUCAGACCUUAUCAGACAGUGACGAUUCCUUACACGUAGAAGACGACAAAGAGGAUGUGACUGUCCCGUUGUUAGUGGAAGAGGAUCGGAUGACUGGAACUGUAGGGUGGAAUGUGUACAGAGACUACUUCAAGGCCGGUGUGGGUGUCCUGGGAUGUCUGUUCGCCGUCGUUAUGAACGUUGGCUACCGUGUGGUCUACAUCAUGGCCGACUGGUGGCUAGCAUAUUGGGCACGGAAAGAAGAGCAACAUAUUGUUGCAAAGCACAACUGGAUCAACACUACCGAUGGCGACAAUACAACAUUCUCGAAUGGUUCUAGUCUAUCAGCUCUUGGAAACAUGCUUGUAACAAACAGCAGCACAGUCUUCCCAGUGGCCCCUCCCGACACACUCUUCUACGUCUACAUUUUAACCGCCUUCACUGCAGGAACCCUGGUGUUGGGCUUGGUCGUCACUUGGCAACUUUUCUUCCUCACAAUACAGUCUUCCAAAAACCUCCAUAACGACAUGUUCAACGCAAUCAUCAGGGCUCCAAUCCGGUUCUUUGACACAAACCCUGUCGGACGAGUCCUGAAUCGGUUCACCAAGGACGUUGGGAUGCUGGAUGAAAUGUUUCCAUGGACUUUCACUGAUUUUACAAAGAGUGGUCUAUCGAUAGUCGGAACCAUAAUUCUGGUUGGUAUCAUCAACCCCUGGGUGUUCAUCCCGACCCUACCUCUAUUGCUCUUUUUCCUCUACAUCCGGAAGUAUUACCUGAGCACAUCCAGGGACAUCAAACGGCUGGAGGGAACCACCCGUAGCCCAGUGUUCUCACACCUGUCCGCCACCCUGCAAGGCCUGUGGACCAUCCGAGCCUUCGGUGCUCAAGAGAGUUUCAAGCAGGAGUUUGAUGCUCACCAGGACCUGCACUCCGAAGCCUGGUUCCUGUAUCUUGCCUGUGCCCGAUGGGUAUCUGUCAGACUAGACUUUUUGGCAGCGUUGUUUGUCACUGCUGUGGCCUUCUGCAGUGUCCUUGCGUCUGAAGGUCUAGCUGGCGGUCUGGUAGGCCUAUCGGUGACGUAUGCCAUCAUCCUGACAGGCCGGUUUCAGUGGGCUGUUCGUCAGAGUGCAGUGGUGGAGAAUUUGAUGACAUCAGCAGAAAGAGUGGUCACGUACACCAAACUGGGGCCUGAAGCUCCACUGGAGACCAGUACAAAACCUCCCAGAGACUGGCCUCAGCACGGGAGGAUCGAGUUAGAGGCUGCGUCCUUCUCAUAUUCUGAAGAUGGACCUGACAUUCUCAAGAACCUGUGUUUCAGGACUCGGAGACAGGAAAAGAUUGGCAUAGUAGGUCGGACGGGUGCGGGGAAGAGCUCCCUGAUGCAGAUGUUGUUCAGGAUGGCGGAGCCACAAGGAACAGUCAGGAUUGACGGGGUGGAUGUCACCAAGAUCGGACUCCACGACUUGAGGAAGAAAAUCUCCGUCAUUCCCCAGGACCCUGUCCUGUUUUCUGGUUCCCUCAGGAGGAACUUGGAUCCCUUCAACGACUUUACAGACCAGCAACUUUGGAGUGCCUUAGAGGAGGUCCAGCUCAAACAGGCAGUGAACGAUUUGCAAGGAAAGCUUGAAUCUGAGAUGGCUGAAUCUGGGACCAACUUCAGUGUGGGCCAAAGGCAGCUGGUCUGUCUAGCCAGGGCCCUGCUCAGGAAAAACAGGAUUCUCAUCAUCGAUGAAGCAACAGCAAAUGUAGACCCGAGAACGGACCAGCUUAUUCAGGAGACCAUUCGAGAGAAGUUCAAGAACUGCACAGUGUUAACAAUAGCCCACAGACUCAAUUCUGUCAUCGACUCUGAUAGGAUCAUGGUACUACAGGAGGGCCGGGUACAGGAGAUGGGAGAGGCUCAUGCCCUGCUGCAGGACAGAGAUGGUGUUUUCACAGCUAUGGUGGACCAGUCCGGGAAGAUGUUAGCAGCAGAGCUGAGAGAAGCAGCCAGGCAGUGUUACAUGGAGAAGCACGGCACAGACGACGUUGUGGAGGAUAGAUACAUGUCUAAUGUUGAGUUUUUGACCAGUGUUUAGCGCUGUGGUCCUUCUAUUCGAGAGCAUUAGAUCCUGCUAAAGUAGCAUCUCACUAGAAUUGACAUUUGUCAUAAGGUGUUUCUCGUAUCCUGCUCUUAAGAUUUGUUGCCUUGCUUGCAGUGA